GCGUGGCAUUUUCCUUUCGCAGGAGUUUGAAUGGGGUUGGUUUUGUAAAUUGCUCUCGCUAUAUGGAGGGAGGGGAUUGCGACUCCUCCAACCACGAGCGAUGGCGGCGGUGCGAAUGGGAAUCCGGCGCAUCUUCUCCAUCUCCGCCUCCUGCUGCGGCCCCUCCAUCGCCGGAGCCCUCCACCAAUCUCUUCGUCUCAGGCGAGCCCCUGGUUCUUCCUUUCCUCUCCGCUUUCUCCUCUUUUCUGUCUUCUCUUCUCCUCUCUUUCUUGUUGUGUGUGUCUAGGGCGUCGUCCGCGGUUGCUGAUCAUAUUAACUGGAGAAAGGCACUACCUUUGAUACCUAUCGGAUAUUGCCUCAAGUGGAUUGUGUCCAGCUGCUAGAACUGAAGGUGUAUUGGCGAGAUGAAAGGUGUUCUAUCAGCGGAGCUGAUUCUAGAGCUGACAAUGGGGGUAGUGAUUUGCAUGCUUCUAGUUACAGGUGCUAAGCUCUGGAUCUUGCCCCAUAAGAAGCGCACUCAGGUAAGCCUCUCAAGGAGGGCAUCAACUAUUCCCAUAAGUGCCAAUGGUGUUGAUGCUUUUUCCGUAGUCUCAGACUCUACCAUGGAACAGGAGUCCCCCAGCCAUUCUGAUUCUAAAGAAGGUGGCCCCUCAUGGAUGAAAGGAACUAAGAGGAAAAAACUUCCAAAAUACUCUUUCAAGGAUCUGAAAAGGGCAACUCGUAAUUUUGAGACAUUGAUUGGUCAGGGGGCAUUUGGUCCUGUUUAUAAAUCUCAGAUGCCCACUGGUGAGAUAGUUGCUGUUAAAGUUCUUGCUACUAAUUCUAAGCAAGGCAAGAAGGAUUUUCAAACAGAGGUGGUACUUCUUGGGAGAUUACACCAUAGGAAUAUUGUUAAUUUGGUUGGAUAUUGUGCUGAAGAAGGCCAGCAUAUGUUAAUAUAUGAUUACAUGACCAAUGGCAGCCUUGCGUCUCAGUUGUACAGUGAAAAGCAUAAUGUAUUGAGUUGGGAUUUGAGGGUUAAUAUAGCUCUAGAUGUUGCGAGGGGCUUAGAGUAUCUUCAUGAUGGUGUUUUUCCACCUGUAGUGCAUCAUGACAUCAAAUCUUCAAACAUAUUGUUAGACAACUUCAUGCGAGCUAGGGUCGCUGACUUUGGGCUAGCGAGAGUAAAAAUGGUCGGGUGCCGGACAUCCAGUGUCAGAGGAACUUUUGGUUAUCUUGAUCCUGAGUACAUAUCUUCGAGGUCACUCACAAGGAAAAGUGAUGUUUAUAGCUUUGGGGUUCUGCUUUUCGAGUUGAUCACAGGGCGGAAUCCACAGCAGGGUCUUAUGGAAUAUGUUAAUCUUGCUGCUUCAAAUGCCGCUGGAAGGUUUGGAUGGGAGGAAAUUUCAGAUCCCCGGCUUGAUGGGGCGUUCGACAUAACAGAACUUAAUGAUGUAGCAGCUGUCGCAUAUAAAUGUAUCAAUCAACUUUCUAGAAAUCGGCCACCGAUAAGAGAUGUUGUCCAGACACUAUACCGCAUUUCACAAGCCAGUUUCAGAAAGCAUCAUUGCUCGAGAUCAUCGCCCUUCACGGCAGAGGUAGAAUCCUUGGACAUAGGACCAUCAAAAUAUCACAGGUCAAUAUCUGAACAUCACAGAGUGGCAUCGUUCGGCACAGUGUUGGAUCUGCCUGAUGUUUGAAAUUCUGUAUAAGUGUAUUUCAUUAUCUUUCUUCAUUCAUUUACUAAUCCAUUCACAAUGAUAGCUUUGUAUAGUAUGCAUGUUAGAUUAACAAACACCGAAAAGAUGUUAUAAUUUUGACUGUCAUGGAUUAGGGCUUGGAAGUGUCGCAUAGUCUCUAAUUCCUCUGUAACAUGGACCUUUGUGCAUCAGUAUUUGGUUGUCAACAUAGCAAAUAAAAAUCUA